AUGGAAUCUAAUGUAGCGCCGACGAAUUUCAAGAAUUUAACGCAGGCCUUCCAGGAUAACACCAAUACUACAACAUUAAAUGUCGCUUUAGGAUUGCCAGGGUUGUUCUCAACAUAUUCUGAUGCAGAAACAAGAAAUCUACAGAUUAUCACUAUAGCGUCCUCUUCAACAUCAAUAUUAGCUGGUCUAAUUGGCAUGUUUUAUUUAUUUAACAUUGACAGAAGAAGAAGAGUUUUCCGACAUAGUCUUAUUCUUCUUUUGCUUGCGUUUGAUACGCUCAAGGCUAUCAUAUUUUUGAUUUAUCCCGUUGCAACUUUUAUUCAUAAACAUGUGUAUGGAAUUCCUAGAUUUUACAACACCUUAGGAUGGUUUACAGCGUUCAGUAUAGAGGGAGUGGACCUUAUUAUUGGCAUUUUUGCAAUUCAUUUCGCUUUAUUAAUCUUUAAGCCAAAUUGGAAAUGGAGAAAUAAAAGAACCGGAAACCUUGAAGGUGGUUUAUAUAAGAUUCGUUAUUUUAUUAUUCCUACCUUAUUUAUGUUCCCCGUUUUGAUGGCAAGCCUAGCCUUUAUUGAUUUUGAUGUACGACCUAAACUAUCGUCUAACAUAAACAUCGUAUUGGAUAACAAUGAUAUUUCGAUCCGUUCUAAAACAAGAAUUGGAGGAUACAAGCCAUGGGGUUCAUGGUGUUACCUAUCACCGACGCCCAUUUGGUAUAGGCUUGUUCUCAGUUGGGGUCCGAGGUAUUUUCUGAUACUAUCAAUUUUCCUAAUUUAUAUCAGUAUUUAUGUGUAUGUCAGGAGAGAAAGUGCGAGAAUUAAGGCACAUCUUCGUGAAUAUAUGGAUACAGAGAUGAUCGCUGAGGAUUUACAUCCAGUUCCCACACAUGGGAAAAUUUAUAUCCCAAAGAGCUGGCUAAAAUUAAGCCUACUUCGGCCCUUCCUGUUUGUUAUCAAAAUAGUCAAGGGAUUCUUUUCUCUUUCAAUUUUUCCCUACGAGGAAACUUCAACAGAGAGUCAAAGUGAUGAGCCACAUGGAAGGUCAAGUGGUGAACGAGCAGAUGCUAAAGAACAUCUUCCAUUAGCAGAUGUUGAAGAUGAUUCUGACAUUCCCGAAGGUGGUCUACAGAUUUUACGAUACAAGUCAAAUAAUAAUAAGCAUCGACCUAGUAGAAGAGGUACUUCUCGAAGACAUUCCAGUGUCGACGCAAGCUCCUAUCAAUAUAAUUCUAACACAUCUUUAUCAUCGUCAAAAAAUGAAACGAUACCACCUUUACCCAAAAUUUCACCUGCCAAAUUAAGUGAUAUCAAUGAGCUAUUAACAUCUGAUCACCUAUCUACGAAUAAUAAAAGUUCUUCUAUUAUUCCACAAGUAUCCUCUAUGGAUUCAAUAGUACUCUUAGGAAGUAACAUCUCAACUAACACGAGCCAACGACCAGCCACACAAGAUGGAACAUCAAACCAGAAAACAACUGAACUUUUGCAUCAUUUAGAUAACGUUGAAUUUGACGAGAAUUUGGCCGGCCGAAAUAUUAGCAAUGAAUUGAGCGAUGUGAAGCGGGACUUCCAGCGGCAAACAUACUCAGAUAUGAAAAGACGAAGAAAUCAGAUCGAAAGGAAUCUCAAAUCUAUUUUCAUCUAUCCGUUUUCAUAUGUCCUAAUCUGGGUUUUCCCUCUGGUUAUCGAUGUGUCACAGUAUUCAUAUGAAAUUAAAAAUGGCCCGAUAGUAUGGCUUGCUUAUAUCGAUUCUUUUAUCAGACCUGCAAGUUGCUUUAUCAACAUGCUCGUAUCCAUGUACAGGGAACGACCAUGGCGUUAUUCAUGGGAAGUCAUUCAAUCGAAUGAACUUUUAGAAAAGUACAUGAUAAAAGGGAAUAUUGGAGAAGAUGAUAUUCAGACAUUAUGUAACAGCGAUCUAGGACGGAAGGGUUGGUACUUUCGUGGGAAGUCAAGGAAAUCUGAGUGCUGGAAAUACAGUGCGGCACUAUGGAGGAGGUCGUUCUGGUAUAUAUAUAGGGUAAUCAGAGGGAUUCUUCAUGCUCAUAUUACUUUCGAAGAUAAUUGCUAUGAUAGCUUCUACUGGGAACAAUAUUACAAGGGACUAAAUCCUGUGAGUUCCAUGGAAGGGCAUAACGAGGAUACUGCAAAUGUGAUGUACCAAAUUGAUGAUUAUGAGGCGGCUUCUCAAAAAUCUGAAAUAGUUAAGGUUCCGAUUUAUUGGAGGAUCAUUCAUAUGAUUCCCAUGUUGAACGGUGUUGACUUAGACGACCUUGAUAGACGCUUACGCUUAAAGUAUAAUAAUGACGAAUUUAUCAUACCUGGACUACAGUUUGCAUUGAAUGAUAAUAUCUCAUCGGUUUCCCCAGUUACCACAUUUUCAAGUGAUGAAAAAUACAGAAACCUCGAACAUAAAAUGAAAUUAGCCCCAUCCAAAGGACAAUUCCAUCCAAGCUCCCAAAUGAGUAAUAACAAACGAACAAAGCCGGUCGAUAGUGAGGGGCAGAUGGAUUUGUUAUCAUUCUUAAAUGGCUCUAUGUAA